CUCUCUCUCUCUCUCUCUCUCUCUCUCUCUCUCACUCUUUCUAUAAUAUCUGCUUCGCUCUCAAACACACACCAGAACUUUCAAGCUUUUUGAGCUUUUCAUUUCCAUGGCGUCCAUGGCAGCCAGUGGAGCUCUUAGGGUGCCGUCCUCUUCCCUUUCAUCAUCAUCUUCUUCUUCUGGCUCAUAUCUGAGUCCCAAAACCAGUUCUAAGAGCCUUUCCUUCGCGCAUUCCCACCUUUCUGGAGAAAAGAUUUCCUCAAUUGCCAAUUUCCGAAGAACCCCUUCCACUGAUAGGUCGCCGAAGAUCGUUUCUCCGAAAGCUGUUUCCGAUUCCAAGAACUCCCAGACCUGUUUGGAUCCCGAUGCAAGCCGCAGUGUGUUGGGGAUUAUUCUUGGAGGUGGUGCUGGGACUCGUCUCUAUCCUCUGACAAAGAAGCGGGCGAAGCCUGCUGUUCCUCUGGGUGCGAACUACAGGCUGAUUGAUAUUCCAGUAAGCAAUUGCCUCAACAGCAAUAUAUCCAAGAUCUACGUUCUCACUCAGUUCAAUUCAGCUUCUCUCAAUCGCCAUCUUUCUCGGGCUUAUGCUAGUAACAUGGGAGGGUAUAAGAAUGAAGGCUUUGUUGAGGUUCUGGCAGCCCAGCAAAGCCCAGAAAACCCAAAUUGGUUUCAGGGCACGGCUGAUGCGGUGAGGCAGUACUUGUGGCUCUUCGAGGAGCACAACGUUUUGGAGUUCUUGGUUUUGGCUGGAGACCAUUUGUAUAGGAUGGACUAUGAGAGGUUUAUUCAGGCGCACAGAGAGACUGAUGCUGAUAUCACUGUGGCUGCUUUGCCUAUGGAUGAAAAGCGUGCCACUGCUUUUGGUCUUAUGAAGAUUGAUGAAGAAGGGCGAAUUAUUGAGUUUGCUGAGAAACCCAAAGGGGAGCAACUCAAAGCUAUGAAGGUUGACACUACUAUUUUGGGACUUGAUGAUGAGAGAGCAAAAGAGAUGCCUUAUAUUGCCAGUAUGGGUAUCUACGUUGUAAGCAAGGAUGUUAUGCUGAAUCUGCUUAGAGAUAAGUUUCCCGGAGCCAAUGAUUUUGGAAGUGAAGUGAUUCCUGGUGCAACUUCUAUUGGAUUGAGGGUACAAGCUUACUUGUAUGAUGGCUACUGGGAAGACAUUGGUACAAUUGAGGCAUUCUACAAUGCAAAUUUGGGGAUAACCAAAAAACCAGUGCCAGACUUCAGCUUCUAUGAUCGUUCAUCUCCGAUCUACACCCAGCCCCGAUAUUUGCCUCCGUCCAAAAUGCUUGAUGCUGACGUUACUGAUAGUGUUAUUGGAGAGGGUUGUGUGAUAAAGAACUGUAAGAUUCACCAUUCAGUGGUUGGGCUCAGAUCUUGCAUAUCAGAGGGUGCAAUCAUUGAAGACACCUUGUUGAUGGGAGCAGACUACUAUGAGACGGAUGCUGACAGGAGGUUUUUGGCGGCAAAGGGCAGUGUUCCUAUUGGUAUUGGCAAGAGCUCCCACAUCAAAAGAGCUAUCAUUGACAAGAAUGCUCGUAUUGGGGAAAACGUGAAGAUCAUUAACGGUGACAAUGUGCAAGAAGCAGCAAGGGAAACGGAUGGGUAUUUCAUAAAGAGUGGAAUAGUGACAGUAAUCAAGGAUGCUCUGAUUCCCAGUGGAACUGUGAUCUAAGAUGAAGUUGGUAGUAAGUUUACUCUGUUAUUGCAGGCAAAUACCUUCUUUUGGCUCCACUGAAGAUUACUUGCUUUGUUGAUGGAACCGAGUAGUCCAAUAUACGUUUUCGUUUUUUUUUUUUUUUUUUUUUUUUUUUUUUUUUUUUUCUCUCUCUCUCUCUCUGUGUCUUUUGUUUCUCAAUGGUAAAAAAAGCUAUGAUGGGCAGACUUUAUGACUGGAACAGCCUACAGAUUUAAGGAUAGACAAGUAGAACAAAUCAACCAGGAAAGUUUCUUUUCGGUAUAAAGUACAGAGAAGCAACUAUGGCAGACGAGGUCUAUCUAACCACAUUUGGAAAACAAAACAUGCAGUAUCGUACGAGUGAAAGCCAAUGUUUACUCGGAAAAUGAUCGCCAAUCCUCCCAUCUUCAAUAUCACAAAAAUAAAAUAAAAUUAAAAAGAAGAAGAAGAGGAAGAGGAAGUGUAAAGGAGUAUUAAUUUCUGUUUUCAUUUUAUAGAAUAUGAAUUUCUGUUUUCAUUUUA